AUGCCGAAGGCUGUUGUCACGCUGACCAUUGUGAAGGCGGAGGCCCUCGUCGCGCUCAACCCUGGCGGCACGUCGAACCCGUUCUUCACUGCCACGAUCGGUGCCCAGAGCGUGACGACGCCGGUGGUGUGCAAGACAGUGAACCCGGCCUUCAACACGACCUUUACUUUCUACGGCUGCCCGCUUCCGGCCAUGUUAACGCUGCGCGCCUUCAAUAGGAUCCAGUUUGUCGACAUCGAGGACCCGCUCGGCACCGCCACGGUCACCCUCUUCGACGUGCAGCCGGAGACGACGAAGGUGGUUCAGCUCAGCCACGGCGGCGUCGCGGCGCUGGCGCAACGCGCACUCAACGGGUGCGGCGCGGUUACCAUCACCUACAGCGUCGCGCCGAUGCCCGCUGAGGAGGAGGACGACCCCGCCGUGGAAAAGUCGGCGUCGAAGCCGAGCAGCCUGCCUUUUUCCACCGCCGCGCCUAUAUCCGUGCCCGCUGCCCACAACAUUGAUGGCACCGGCCCGGUGUCUAUUCCCGUUGCCCCAGUCCCGCGUGAGGGCGCCGCCGGCACGCUGGGCUCCGUCACGCACGGCAGCAGCAGCAGCCUGCUCGCCUCCGACCCCAGUGCCACGAACCCGGCCGCGACCACCGCGAGACUGAAGCCGACCGAGGGUGCGACGGCCGCUGCCAUGGAGGGCGCCGCCCCGUCUUUCCUGGUGCUUGGUGCGACGCCGCAGCAGAUAAGCCAGCUUACGCCGCCCAGGCUCACGCCUGCUCAGCCGCCGGCGACCGCCACCUACCUCGUGCCGCAGGUAGCCCCACCCCCGUCGUCUCCCGCCACUAUGAACAUGUCCAUGAAAACGGUGCCGACGAACGGGUACGAGAGCUACGCUGUGCAGGGCGCGAAGCUGCCGCCGCCGAUGCCCGAGGAGGCCGCCGCCGCCGAUCAGGUGCCGCCAUCCAUGUCAGCGGAGUCUUACUAUGCGAACAACACCGCCCACAACGCCUCCGCGGCGCCGCCAUCGAGAACCGCUGACGCGCAGUCUUUGGGCAGCCUCUCGAUGCUUCCGGUGGCGCCCAACAUCCCAGCCUCAACUCGCUUCGCCUCCCUGCAGGAGUCCACGAGUGCCGCGCUUUCCUUUGAUGCCCAGCAGCAGACGGCGUCCGCCAGCUCCCUGUACACCAGCGCAGCACAGGCCCCGGCCACGGCGUCGCAAGCGAAGCUGCUGGUGAUACCACCGCACAUCAACGGUACCGUGACUCCGACGUUCUUCCACGGCUCACAAGCCUCGUCUCUCGAGGUCUCGCGCCUCCCCUCCGCCGCCCAGCUCAUGGCUUCUACGAGAAACCCAAGCGACAGCUUUCCUGCGCACGCCCCACCACCGCCACUGGCUGGCGCGCUUCCGGUGGCGACGGCACCUCAGUCGCCGCCACUUGGCUCGAGCACGACCAGCAGCCUUCGCUCCACCCCCGCUGCGCACUCUGCGCACAGACGCCACAGUGCUGUUCACUUCGCGGGCAGUCCGUUUCCUGCCGAGAACUUCGCUGCACCUUCGUCCGCGUCGACCUGUGCUGCUGCUCGCCGUGGUGUCGCACCGGUGUCCGCGACCGCCGGCCUGCAGCAAAGCUCUGGCGCUGGCGCCGCCUUUCCCAGCGGUGCCGACCGCUGCGCCACCUACGCAUCGGCGUCUGCGGCCAGCGGCACCACCUCGCCGAGGCGCCGCAAUCCCCGCAGCGAGGCCGAGCCCGGCGCCGAGGCAUCCGCCAUUACAUCUGCCUCGCAACUCUACGCUGACAAGGAGUACCUGUUUGAGGUCGCCGCCACGGGUGCUGACGUCGAGGUGUUCCAGAGGCUCCGCGAAGUCGAUCCCACCCUCACGAACGGCUUCCUCGAGUGCUUGGACUACUCGGGCCGUAGCCUUCUGCACAUCGCGGCGUGGAAUGGACAGCUGCGCGUGCUGCAGAUCCUGCUGUGCCCCCAGCCCGCCGAGCCGAUGAUUGACCUGCGCUCUGUUGUGGCGGCGAAGAGUGGCAACACGAUUUUGCACGCGGCAGCGUGUGGCGGUCAGGCCGAGGUGGCGCAGUGGUUGCGCUACUCGCACCCCACGGCUGGUCCGCUGCUGCUGUCGAUGCACAACGCCCGCAGCAUGACGGCGGCUGAGUGCGCCAUGGAGGCAGGCUUUCCGCAUGUGGCACGCCUGCUGAUGCCUAACUGA